AUCUCUUAAACACACGACCAAUCCUUUCACAAUUUGAAGAUGUUCGGGUUUUCCAACUUAUGCUGGUGGUGGAUUCUGAAUUUCCUACUGCACUGUGAAACCAGAAAUGAAAGAGCCGAUAAAAUUGUGUGGAAAAACAACGACUUUCCAAGAUCCAAUCCAUUAAAGAAUUUUCACAAACUUAAAGGUGGUUAUUUCAACCACGGAUCACUAACGAUAGAUAAAGAUCCUGCAGGUGGAGAUCAAGAUGUCAUGAAAGUCUUCUACAAAAAUGGAACUUUUUCCUUACCAGCAGUACAUACCUUGAGAGGGGCUCAGUUUUAUUGUUCACCUAUACCUCCCCAAACAUCAAUGACCUUAUCAUAUCAGGUAUAUUUUAAUCCUGGAUUUGAUUUUGUCAUGGGUGGUAAGCUUCCUGGACUGUUUGGUGGAGCGCAUGCAACUUGUUCUGGUGGUAGACAUUCUACAACCUGUUUUUCUGCUCGCUUGAUGUGGAGAGAAAAUGGCGAUGGGGAAAUCUACACGUACAUUCCGGACCAGUCUGCUAGUUUCUGUAAUAGGACUGACGUUGAGUGUUUACCCAUUAAAGGUACAUCUCUUGGUCGCGGGUCAUGGAGAUUUAAAACCGGAGAAUGGGUCAAAAUUACUGAACACAUCAGUCUAAAUAAUGUAGGUAAAGACGAUGGUUUGGCUCAGAUUUGGAUAAAUGGUAAAUUGGUUUACACGGCAAAGAACAUUAUAUGGCGAGUCAACGAGAAUAUUAAAAUAGAAGGGUUAUUUUUCUCUACGUUUUUCGGUGGGGCAAGUCAACCAUGGGCUGCACAUAAAGAUGAAUAUUCUUAUUUUAAAGAUUUUGUUCUGACAGAGGGAGAAUCCGUUCCGGUUGUUGGUAAAUAAACAACUUGCAUAAAUAUAUAUACUAAUAUAUUCAUUGCAAAACUAUAGUUUAUUUCAUUAACUAUUCGAUGUUAUUUUAUCCUUACUUUAACUUACCAUGUAAGCGGUUGCAUCAAAUAUAGAACACACUACCG